CAACAAAAUCUCUGAAAUCAUUUCAAAUAUUGAACCUUGGACUCCGAAUUAUUUUUUUUUCUAUAUUAAUACUAUAUAAUACUAGUGUUAGCCAGCGAACCGUUACAUUUUUAUUUUUUUUAGCAAUAACUAUAAUUGAAUCCUCCUCCAUUGAUGAAGAAUUCAGGUAUUUGUAAGAAGAUUAGGGUUUGAUCCGACUGAUAAUAUCAAAGAUGGAUGAAGCCAAGACGUUGGCUCAACAGCAGCAGCAGCUAAUGAUGCAACAACAACAACAGCAGCAGCAGCAGCUACUCCUAUUGCAGCAGUUCCAGCGUCAGAAGCAGCAGCAGCAGCAGGAUGCGAUGGCUCGAUUCCCUUCGAACAUUGAUGUUCAUCUCCGUCCUCAACAGCUCCUUCAUCGCCCCCUUACCCCUCUUCAAUCACAGAACCCGAAUUCAAACCCUAACCCUAACCCUAGCUCUAGCAAUAAUCCGUCAAGCCAGAUCCCCAAUCUACAAAACCCGGGUACUUCCCAACAACAACAACAGCAGCAGCAGCAGCAGAAGUUGACACGGGUUGCCCCGGAAUCGAACCGGGUGGAGCUCCAGAUGGCUUACCACGACGCUUGGCGAGUUUGCCAUCCUGAUUUUAAGCGUCCUUUCUCUUCUCUUGAAGAUGCCUGCGAAAGGCUUCUGCCUUACCAUGUGGUGGCAGACUAUGAAGCAGAGGAGGAUGAUAAGAUCCUCGAUUCAGACACUAGUGGCCAAAUGCUCUCUCGUUCACAGCAGUGGGAUCACAACAUUGCUGUGAAAGUUUCAGAGUUUACUGCAACAUUUGAGAAACAAGUGCUUGCGUUUAAUAUAAUUUCCCGCAAGAGAGAUGUUGGAGAAUUCCGUACCGAGGAGAAACUGAUGUUAGAGCAGUCACUGUUGCAAGAAGAGAGGAAAAGCCUGCUUGAAUUGAAGACAGAGAUGGAGGCCAGGCAAAAGAUGGGUCGAGAGACUCAUGAUCCUAAUUUGCAAAUGGCAGCUCUUGUUCAUGCAGAACAAGCCCGUGCUGAAUCACAAGCUCGUGCUGAGAUGAUGAACCGAGCGCCAAUACGAGCUAGUGCACUUGGGCCUAGGGGGAGCAAUAUUCAAAUGGGUAAUGAUGUCGGUGAGCACGGACAGGAAGUUAGCCCUGAUGAAAUGAUCAACGGUUGGGGUAACAAUGGACAUAAAGAUGAAAAGGAACCAUCGGAGGACUUUUUGAAUGAUGAAGAAACUGAUAAUGGAGAUGUAGGUACUCAGAGUGAGUGGCGUGGAGGUGGGGAGCUGGAUCUGAACACAAGAUGAAUCAUACUAGACCUAUCGGUGUUUGGCAUUUCCAUGUGAAAAAGUGAAUAUUUGUGUCAAAGUUUAAACCACCAUAAUACUUUGGUGCAUUCUGUAACUGAUUCUACACUUGAAAGUUGGUAGAAGCUCACCUAUUAAGAUUAGGAUGACUGAAGAUAUAGUUUUAUUAUGCGUACACUGGAAAUGAGUAAUGUCCAUCUUUUCUGGAAUCUACAGGAAAAAUGAUAUAAUUCCUGAUAUUCAGAUAUGCCAAAGCUGCAUUUUUGGUGAAUGCCUCACUGCCUCCAAUCUACUGUUAAGGUUUGGCACAUUUGAUGAAGAACCCCCAUGCUUCUCCCCUUUCCUUCACAGUCAUUACUUUGUUAAAACGUAAUUAGCCAGUUUGACAUCUGUGGUGCAAAGAACGAUUUGAUCUGCAUGGUGUUUCUUUUUUAAGAAUCUAAGUGAAUGAAACACCUCUUUUUUGGA